AUGGAUUCAUUAGAAGAAAAUGAUCGUCUAGCUAUUGUAAAUGAAAAUAACUUUGUACAUAUGGAAAAUAACAUCUUAAAUCACACUUUAGAUAAAAAUGUGUCCACUCUGCGCAUUAAAGGUGUAACCAUUUGUGAUCAAAUUCUUAAAGAUGUUGAUAAACUCAAAGAAAAUGUAUUAAUUCAAAAUUUAAAAAUCGCUGAUCAAGAAAAGGAAAACAUUAUUAUUAAAUCAGAAAACGAAGAAAACAAUUUGAUUAUUCAGUUAUUACAACACCAUUUUUUACAAGACCCGAGUAAAUUUAAUUGGUUAAGUGACCAAGUGUCCACCUUACAAGAAAAAAGCUACAUCGAAAAGGAACUAUUUGACGGAAAGUUACUAAUUGUAGAGGAAAUAAAUCAAAUUGAAGGCAUCAAUGCUGUAAGUGCCGAAGGCUUUAAUGGUAUAAGUGCCGAAAACUCUAAUUUAUCUGAUCUUAUUCAUAUUUUAUUAAGAACGAUAUUUGAAAAGAAAGAAUAUUUACACAAUGAGAGUAGACAACAAUUACAAUAUAAAGAAGAUCAAAAUCAGCAGCUAACUAAAGAACUCGAAGAUCUUAAAGAGUGGCAAAAUCAUAUUGAAAAUGAGAAUGAAAAACUGUUAAAUGAAAUUGAAGAAUAUAAACAGAAUAAAAUAGCUUUUAUGAAUAAUAAAAAUGAGUUGUACGAGCUAAAAGAAUGCCUUCAUAAAACGCAAGCUACGAUUGACCAAUAUCAUAAAGAAGCCAAGACUCUAAAACGGUUGCUUAAUGAACGACAAAAUGAGUUGAACGAAAAGGACAUCAGAUAUAAUGAUGCAACAGAGUUAAUAAAUUUGCUUCGGUCUAAUCUGGCAGAACAGACCAAAAACAAUGAAGAAAUGUGUUUGUCAUAUCACGAAGAAAGAGAGAAACGGAACAGCGCCUACAAUGAAAUCGAAAGUGCCUCAAAAGAAUUAACCAUUAGAGUUCAUGAAAAAAAUGACAUGGUCACAAUGUUACAAGAGGAAAAUUGUAACUUACAACAUGAAAUGUUAUUGUCAAGAACACAUAUAGAAAAUUUCAAUAUUAAAAUUGAAUUACUCGAAAACAACGUACGUGAAAAAACUCAAACUAUCCAAAAACUACAAGAAUCUAAGUCGAGCUUGAAGCAAAAUGAAAAUAGUUCGUAUUUUAUGCAAGAAUUAAACCACUUG